UGCCGUUCAGCAGGCCGCUCCCGAUAUUAUUAACCCACACAGGGCUGAUAGUGGUUUAGUACAAGCGGCCGCUCAGCCGCAUGAUAUGGUCAUUAAUACACAUAUGUCUGAUAAUAGUCUGCAUGUGAAUCAAGGCAAUGAUCGCAGUAUGCAUGUGAAUCAAAACAUUGAGCAUCAUUUACCGUCUCAUCAUUUACCAUCCCCCAUUGGUGUGAAUGCGGUUUUGAAUGGUGUGAACGUACAAGCAGCACCUCAGGGAUAUAAUACACCCCUGGUUGGCAUACAUAAUGCAAAUGUGCAAUCUUUAGGCCAGCUACAACAUCCCAUUAUGUUAGGCAUACAUGGAGUACAACCCCUUGCUCAGGGUAUCCACUCCCCCAUUGCAGCCACGCAGGGCGCUCAUGCACACUCAUUAAACCAUGCACAAUCAAUAAGCCAGGCAAGCCAUAACCCUAUUGUAGACCAGCAGGGUGUGAAUGCUCAGACAUCUGCGAAUGGACAGUCAGCGAGUCAGGGGUUUCAUACACCGCUUCAUAUAGCUCAUCCACCCCUUGCUACUGAUAAUCCAGACACAUCCAUUGGGCAAAGUGCUCGCCAAAUUCUUUCUCUUUUGCAGGGGGCAAUUGGAUCACAAAGUGCAGCAAAAACACGGACCAACACUGCCACAGUCAUGAGUGGGGCGGAUGCAGGAGUAGCAGGCAGCAUUACAGCAGCCACCACUUCCACUGCACAGCAAGGGUCUUCAGGACUCGCCCUCCAAAACCAGCAAGCAGGCCAGCCCGUUUCCAGCAUGGGUCAGGGACCUCCUGCCAUUAGUCACGGCACUACCCCCGGGGUGAAGCGAAUCUGGAUUGUGGGCCACUCCUUUGUCCACUGGGCCUCCCUACGCUGUGCGUCCCUCCCAUUUGGCCAAUCCCUAGGUCUCCCUCCCAACAAGGCAUCCGUUAGGUGGUUGGGUGAUAGGGGGAUGUGCUGGCCCCAAUUAGCAGGAACCAUAUCUGAGGCCCUGGUACGCUGGGGGAAGCCUCACAUUAUUAUUCUUCACCUAGGGGGUAACGAUGUGGGGGCCAUACCAGUUUUACAGUUGAUUAAGGUUAUGCAGGCAGACAUUGGGUGGCUAAGAGUACGCAUUCCGGGGGUCAUGAUAGGGUGGUCCCAUAUAAUACCCCGUCUCCACUGGAGGCAUAUGUCGGCCCAUACGGCGGCAUACCGGGUUAGGAAGAAGAUCAAUGCAUCUGUAGCGAAAACCGUCACUGGGUCAGGUGGCUUCGUGGUACGGCACGAAGCCAUUUCGGCUGAUAGAACCGAGCUAUAUAGAAGGGAUAAAGUUCACCUUUCAGAUGUGGGGCUGGAUUUAUUCAUAGGGGACAUUCAGAGAGCUCUGUUACCCCUCCUGUAAAUCGGGUUGUGGGUUGGCGGCAAGGGUACCAUUAAAAUGCUUCCUUGUGGCGGGAGAUCCUCGGUCCGGUUGCGCAGGAGAAGGUCGCUAGGGGUGAGUGAUGGCCAGACUUCCGGGGAGGAGGGUAGGCCCUCACGUGCACGUGACGGUAACCCUCCUUCCUCCCUUUUGAGGGAUGGUCACGUGAUCUCUGCAACCCCUCAGCGUCAUCUCCUUAGGGCAGAGACCCCUCUGCUGCUGUUCCCGUUGGGCCGGUGAUCUCCUGCUGUUCUGGGUAGCUGAUCUCUAUGCCGCCAUAUAUAUUUUCAGUUCUAUCAGUUCUAUCUAGUUUGUUAGGUUAAUAAAAUUUUAUGGCCUGUGACGGUCACAAAAUUUUCCCAUAAAAAGUUUGUCUGUGGUUAUUUCGCACUACAUUCUCAUGUACAUAGUUAUUUAAUUAAGUUAUGUUUAAUCCUCUCCUCUGUGAAGAAGGAUCCGGUAAGCAUUUAAUCCCUUAAUGCAGUGUAGGGCUUAGUAUAAGCCUGGAGCAGUCUAAGGGUUAAGCCUGUAGGAGAGUGGGUUAGAAGAGAGAGGGAAGGUGCUGGGUGCAACAUUGUUGCAAUUUAGGGUAGGCCCCUCCUUACCAGUAGAUAAGCCAAGUUCUCCCUUGCAACUUCCUCUUCUUCUCCGGAUCCUGGCUGAAGCAGUUUUUCCCCUCCCUCCCUUCCCCUUUUGUAAUGUUUUAAUGAUGUUGUAUUUUCGACGGCACCUUAAUGGCAGGGCUAUGGCUACUCACCCUAGGCCCAAUAAGCCAUUACUGUAGGAUAUGGAUCUCCUCUCCCUGUUAUGCGGUUUACACGGCUUGGUAACAGGGAAUCCUUAUCUAGGUGGAAGAUCUUCUUUUCACCCUGGCGGCGGGAGAUCCUCGGUCCGGUUGCGCAGGAGAAGGUCGCUAGGGGUGAGUGAUGGCCAGACUUCCGGGGAGGAGGGUAGGCCCUCAC